AAUGAUUUAAACCUUCGCCAGACGUGCUCUAUAACCUCAAUUCAGAAGUCUAGCUAGAUUUGGUUAGAGUAAUGAGGAAGGCGAUGUGUCUUUCUUAGAAUAAGUGUAUUAAUACUUUGACAAGGCAGCUGCAUUGACAAACAUUCCUUUAGACAUGCUGAAGUAUUAACCAUUAAUAAAAUAGCUAUUAUAAGAAGACAGAUUGUGUCAUUAAAUUUCAUUUACCACUUGUUAGAGAUGAUGGGACAGUUGAAUGCGUAAUUAUAUGAAACCUAAUAGCCUUAUUUAGAUUCCAGCAUUCAGAGCAUAACACAAAACUCACAAAUUACCAACAAAAGGUGGUACAAGAUUAAGUGAACACAUUCACACUGAAGAAGUAGAGGCAUUGUCCUUAUUAAUGACAUUCAAGAAUGCUGUUUUAGAAUUACCAUAUGUAAUUAACAAUAUUAUAUAAUGUUAGGGAGGUGCAAAAGGAGGUCUCAAAAUGAAUCCAAAGAAAUAUUCAAAAAGAGAAAUUGAGUCAUUGAUGAGAAGAUUCACUAUUGAAUUAGCAAAAAGAAAUUUCAUUGGAGCAGCCAUUGAUGUUCCAGGACCAGAUCUUGGUACAGGAGAAAGAGAAAUGAGUUGGAUGAAAGUAUACUAUCUCUUUCUAUAUAUUUUAAGGAUGAAUACACUAAAUUUGCAGGACAUCUUGAUAUUAAUGCUUAAGGAUGUGUAACAGGAAAGGCCAUUUCUUAAGGAGGUAUUUCAGGAAGAACAGAAUCCACAGGUUUAGGUGUCUUCUAUGGAUGCAGAGAAAUUUUGGAAGAUUAUGAAUUUUGCACAUAAGCUGGUAUUCCAGCUGGUUUGAGAGGAAAAAGCAUCAUCAUAUAAGGUUAUGGAGCUGUAAGAUAAAAUAUUGAAUAUAGGUUGGUUAUUAUGCAGCUAAAUAUAUGUGUGCUUAUGGUGCCAAAUUAGUGGGUGUAGCUGAAUGGGAUGGUUCUAUCUAUGAAGAAAAUGGAAUUGACCCAGAUGAAUUAUAAGCAUUCAAGGAAUCAAGAAAGGGUGUUAAGGGAUUCCCAAAAGCCUCAGAAUAUCAUGAAGAUGAAUCUGUCAUAUAUAAAGAAUGUGAUAUUUUCAUUCCAGCUGCUUUCGAAUAAACUGUGAAUAGAGUAAUAUCAAUUUAUUUAUACUUAGAAUAAUGCUCCUAAAUUCAAUUGCAAAGUCAUUGCAGAAGCUGCUAAUGGACCUACCACUCUAGCUGCUGAAGAAAUCUUAAUCAAAAAAGGUGUUAAAUUCCUUCCUGAUAUUCUACUUAAUGCCGGUGGUGUUACAGUCAGUUAUUUCGAAUGGCUUUAAAAUCUUGAUCACAUUAGGUUUCUAUAAUUAUUUAGAUAUUUUUUAGACCAGGAAGAAUGACCAGAAGAUGGGAAGAAACAUCCAAAUAUAAAUUGUUAGAGGCUAUUCAAAUUUCUACUGGUUUGAGAGUUGAUGUUACCAAAAAUUAAUAGGCUGCUAAACUUCUUGAAGGUCCUUCAGCUGUAUUAUUAAUAUUCUAUUCCUAUUUUAGAAAGAUUUAGUAUUCACAGGUUUGGAAGAAUCUAUGGCAGUAGCUGUCUAAAAAACAAAAGAAACUGCUAGCAAAUUGAAUAUUUCUUUGAGAAUGGCUGCUUAUUACAAUGCACUCAUGACAAUUCAUUAACAUAUUGACACAGCUGGUUUAAGAUGAU